UAUGACUUCAGUAGCAAGCUCCAACGAACUAAUAUCAAUCGCCAUCAUCGGCGCCGGAAUCGCGGGAAUAACACUCGCCAUUGCCCUCUCAAAACACAAUCCCAGUCUACACCUCACAAUCUACGAAUCUCGACCCGGAUUCUCAGAAAUCGGCGCGGGUGUAGGAUUCGGACCAAAUGCCAUCCAAGCAAUGACCUUGAUCUCCCCAGAUUUAACAGCAGCACACAACCGCGUCGCAACACCCAACGCCAGCCCAGAAAAAGCACACAUCUGGUUCGACGUUCGACACGGUACUGGUCCUCACGCCGGCGAAUUAAUAGCUGAGAUCGAGACGAAAGGCGGAUUCGUACAUUGUGGGGCCUCGAGGUCUCAGUUUUUGGAUGAGAUUGUUGCUUUGAUUCCAAAGUCUGUGAAGACUGAAUUUAGGAAGAAAGUUGUUGAUGUUUAUGAAGAUGAGGGAAGUGGGAAAAUGAAGGUAAAGUUUCAUGAUGGGAUGGAGAUUGAGGCUGACGGGGUGGUGGGCUGUGAUGGGAUUCGAUCUGCUUGUCGGAAGAUUAUGCUUGGAUCCGGAGAUGAGAGCGCGAAUGCUGUUUACAGUGGGAAAUAUGCUUAUAGAAAAGUCGUAGACAUGGAGAAAGCAGUUGAAGUUGCGGGGAAACUGGUUGAGAAUAGACAAGUGUAUGUGGGGCAUGGAGGACAUCUGUUAAUGUUUCCAAUCCGAGGCGGUAAGGGACUGAAUAUUGUUGCUUUUGUAGAUGCGAAAGGCAAACCGUGGAUAGACCGGCAAUGGGUUGUGCCUGCGAGUAGAGAAGAUGUUCUGCAAGAUUACAAGGGCUGGGGUAAGAUACCAACUGCUUUAUUAGAGUUGAUUGACGAACCCGAUAAAUGGGCGCUGUUCGAUCAUCUUCCAGCUCCAACAUACGUCAAGGGAAAUUUCUGCUUGAUUGGAGAUGCAGCCCAUGCAACAACUCCUCAUUCAGGCUCGGGAGCAGGAUUUGCGGUCGAAGAUGCUCAAUUGUUGUCAGGGCUUCUCACACUAGAAUUUAUCAAGUCACGCCGGGACAUUGGGUAUGCUUUCAAAGCUUAUGAUGCCAUAAGACGGCCAAGAUCGCAAAAACUAGUUACAAAUUCGAGACAGAAUGGGAGAACGCUGGAGCUGCAGGAUGAUGACGGUGAGCUGCUGGACUACGAACGUUUGGCGGGUAGGAUGGAGGAGAAUAUGGAAUGGGCAUGGGAGGUCGAUCUUGGUGCAAUGCUCGACGAAGCCAAGAAACUUGUCAAGAAUUAUGAAAGCAUAAACGGCGUUCCAUGAGCUGUAAUUCGAGGAAUUUUGGACAGGCAAGUAAUUUGGACCAAACCCGUG